AUGUCCGCUCAAUCGGCCUCGGUCGAUUUCUAUGCAGCCCUGGACAUUCCCCGAACUGCUACGACCCAGGAAAUCAACGCUGCGUAUAAAAGGUUGGCUCUCAAGUAUCAUCCGGACAAGUGCGGCGAACGUUUUCUGGAAAAGUUUCGCGAGAUCACGGAGGCCGCUGAGUGUCUCCGCGAUACUAAGCGCCGUGCUGACCAUGACCGUGCCCUCGGACACGUCCCUCGCGGUUUGAACAAUAACCGACGUCAACCACGUCGAUACACCCGUGAGGAUGACUGGCGAAACUGGAGCUCGGAGAAGCGGCCCUGGAGAAACGAUGAAUUCAACUACAACUUGAAGAACCCGCAGGACUGCUACAUGUACUCGUACGGCUCAAGUGUCCACAUGGACCCCAACUCUGCAGAGUCUAUGGCAGAGUCCGAUCGUAUCUCCGCAGAGGCAGAGAGAUGGGCAGCAGAAUAUGCAGCAAUGCAAGCUGAGUACGAAGCCGAGUCCGUAGCCCAGUCUGCAGCUGAGACGAAAGCUGAGAAUGAAGCUUUCGAGCAGGCCAGUCUUAACAGAUGGCCAAAGAGCGCCCAAGAUCCUGUUUCUGAAACUAACCAGGCCGCCGAACCCGCGAGGGAAGCUGAGCAUGUAGCUUUCAAGGAGACCUAUGAAUUUGACACAUGGUCAAAUGAUGGCCAAACUUCGACUCAGUCUGAGUUUGAAACACGGUCCAAGAAUCCUCAAGGAAAAGGGUUUGAAACUAAACAGGCCACCGAAACUGAUCGAGCUGCCAAAUGGAAAAUGCCCGGGCAAUACUCCUCCAGUCAAUUCGACUCCAUUUACCACUCGACGCUCGACGUUCCUCCUCGACCGGACAUAAAUGAGUUAUUUACCAGCGGUAUUGACAGCGAAAUCCCUGGGCAAUACCCCUCCGGUCAAUUCCGUACUUCCACUCACCAAUCUGGCCACAAGUACCAUUCUGGUCAAGUCUCCUCUCCUCAACCGGACUGCAAAACUUCGCCGGAUGAAUACUACGAUUGCAGUGAGCAUUUUGGUACAGGACCUAGCGUUAAUUGCAAACCAUCCCCCAAGAAGACAAGCAGAGCGGACCGAGCAAAUGUCCAGGAACUUGUUACCGCCGAAGGCCCUCUGGGGCCGUUCUGUCCAUACUUCAAUGCCAAGUUGGCCGAUGGAAGUGAGCUCUAUAGCCUGGACGACAUGGCUAUGGAGGUAAACGGUAUCAUCGGCCAGAUCAUGUUUGAAUGGAUUUUGGUCUUAAAGCAGCAAAGUGGAGUUAUGGAGCCACUUAUCGACUUUGAGGACGAUGGGACCUGCUCUCACCAAUUGUGGCAUCAACAGGUGCAUAUGCUGCAGAUUUUGAAGGCUUAG